GAGACGAGAAAUUCAAGGAAAGGGCUCUAUGGAUAGGCGUUAGUGUAACCAUACCUUCUCGUCGAAAGCAACAAGUCUGUCUGGAUGUGAAUACAUAUUCUGGAAUAACCAUUACUUUUUCAAACCGGGUCGAGUAAUGAGAUAAAAAAAAAAAUUGAUAUACGUUUUGCUAUUGGUUUAGUUUGGCUGUUUUUGUGUCGUUUCCUAGCGUGCUUAUUUGUUCAGCUUACUCAAAAUGUGUAAAAAAAAUAACAAUGUAUGACACAUACUGCUGAUUAGACGAACGAAGACCAUGCUCAUCGAUCAUUUAGCGCUUGAAUCGGUGGACUGACGAGCUCACCAUCGUUUACCUGGUGUGGCGGAGGAGCAAUUCGCUUCAAAACAGUGAAGUUUUCUUUUAUAAAAAAAUAUAUAGAUAUUUUCCCCUGACCCGAUAUUUUUUGGGGGACCAAAAUACAACAUGGCAGAACACGAGAGUCUGGAGUUUGGAAAGGCUGACUUUGUUCUUCUGGACAGCGUUUCUUUGGAGGAAUUCAUUGCUAACCUAAAGCUCAGGUUUGAGAAGGGCCGUAUCUACACCUACAUCGGCGAGGUGGUGGUGUCGGUUAACCCUUACCGCGCCAUGAACAUCUACGGCCGAGACACCAUCGAGCAGUACAAGGGCCGGGAGUUGUAUGAGCGACCACCACAUCUCUUCGCCAUCGCAGACGCAGCCUACAAAGCCAUGAAAAGGAGGAACAAGGACACCUGUAUUGUCAUCUCAGGGGAGAGUGGAGCCGGAAAGACGGAAGCCAGCAAAUACAUCAUGCAAUACAUCGCUGCUAUAACAAACCCCGGCCAAAGAGCUGAGGUCGAAAGGGUGAAAAACAUGCUGCUGAAAUCCAACUGCGUCCUGGAGGCCUUUGGCAACGCCAAGACCAACCGCAACGACAACUCCAGUCGCUUCGGCAAGUACAUGGACAUCAACUUCGACUUCAAGGGAGAUCCCAUCGGGGGACACAUCAACAACUACCUGCUGGAGAAGUCCAGAGUCAUCUUCCAGCAGGAGGGGGAGAGAAGCUUUCACUCAUUCUACCAGAUGGUUAAAGGGGGUUCUGAGUCCCUCUUGCGUUCCCUCCACGUCUCGAAGGACCCCACAGUCUACAGCUACAUCAAAGUAGGAGGCCAGGUCAAGUCGUCCAUUAACGAUGGUGCUGAUUUCAAAGCUGUGGCGGAUGCCAUGAAGGUGAUCGGCUUCACACCAGAUGAAAUCCAGACUGUUUACAAGGUCCUGGCCACUAUCCUGCACCUGGGGAACCUGACGUUUGGUGUGGACGGCGACACAACGCUGAUUGAGAACUCUAAGGUGGUGGCGGUGAUCGGGGUCCUGCUGGCCACUAAGGAGGAGAAUGUGGGAAAGGCCCUGCUCUACCGCACCGUUGCCACAGGCCGUGACGUCAUCGACAAGCAGCACACGACCCAGGAGGCCAGUUACGGCCGGGAUGCCUUGGCCAAGGCUAUGUACGAAAGAAUGUUCUGUUGGAUCGUGGGAAGGAUCAAUGAUGUCAUUGAAGUGAAGAACUAUGACGCCAAAGUCCACGGGAAGAACACGGUCAUCGGAGUGCUGGACAUCUACGGCUUUGAGAUCUUUCAGAACAACAGCUUUGAGCAGUUCUGUAUCAACUAUUGCAACGAGAAGCUGCAGCAGCUCUUCAUUCAGCUUGUGCUGAGGCAGGAACAGGAAGAGUACCAGCGUGAGGGAAUCCCCUGGAAACAUAUUGACUACUUCAACAACCAGAUCAUUGUGGACCUGGUGGAGCUGCAACACAAGGGCAUCUUCUCUGUGCUGGACGAGGCCUGUAUGACCGUGGGCAAAGUCACCGACGAGGUCUUCUUACAGGGACUCAACAGCAAGCUGGCCAAGCACGCCCACUACACCAGCCGCAAGCUCUCCCCGACAGACAAGAGUUUGGAGUUUGACAGAGAUUUCCGUAUCCGGCACUAUGCAGGGGAUGUCGUGUACUCUGUGGUUGGCUUCAUCGACAAGAACAAGGAUACUCUCUUCCAGGACUUCAAAAGGCUACUGUACAACAGCUCCAACCCAGUGCUGAAGAUGAUGUGGCCGGAGGGCAAGCUGAGUAUCACUGAGGUCACCAAACGACCCCUAACGGCCGCCACCCUCUUUAAGAACUCCAUGAUCGCAUUGGUGGAGAACCUGGCAUGCAAGGAGCCCUACUAUGUGCGCUGCAUCAAGCCCAACGACGUCAAGUCGCCCCUGCUGUUCGAGUACGAGCGUUGUCGCCACCAGGUCGAGUACCUGGGCCUACUGGAGAACGUUCGUGUGCGCCGUGCCGGAUUCGCCAACCGCCAGGAGUACCCCCGCUUCCUCCAAAGGUACAAGAUGAUCUCGGAGUUCACGUGGCCCAAUCACGACCUCCCGUCGGACAAAGAGGCAGUGAAGAGGCUGGUGCAGGGCUGCGGCUUUGAGCACGACGUGGCCUACGGCAAGACCAAGGUGUUCGUCCGCACGCCGCGCACCCUCUUCUGCCUGGAGGAGCAGAGGGACGAAAUGGUUGGGAGAAUAGUCCUCUUCCUUCAGAAGGUAUGGCGCGGUACCAUAGCCAGGAUGCGUUACCGGCGCAUGCGAGCCGCCCUCAUCAUCCUGCGGGCCUACCAGCACUACAAGGUCAAGUCCUACAUCAAGGACGUCAACCGCAAAUUCAAGAACGUGCGCUCCAUGAAGGACCAUGGCAAGCACGUCAAGUGGCCCACGCCGCCCAAAGUCCUGCGGAAGUUUGAAGAGGCGCUGCGGAGCAUCUACAACAGGUGGUGGGCGUGGACUCUGAUCAAAGACCUGACUCCAGAGGAGAAGCUGCAGAUCAGGGCCAAGGUGGCCACCCUGGAGGCCCUCAAGGGCCAGAGACCUGACCUGGGGCUGCAAAGGACCUGGGAGGGCAACUACUUGAAGCGAGACAGUCCUGACACAGCGUCCUCCUUCACCUUGGUGUCCUGUGAGUUGCAGCGUAAGGACAAGUUCAUGAGAGUGCUCUUCUCCUGCAACGUGCGCAAGAUCAACCGUUUCCACAAGGCAGAGGACCGGGCCAUCCUCAUCACAGACCGCCACCUAUACAAGAUGGACCCCGUCAAGCAGUACAAGCCCAUGAAGAGCAUCCCCCUCUACAAUGUGACGGGGGUGAGUGUGUCCCCAGGUAAGGAUCAGCUGGUGGUGUUCCACACUAAGGACAGCAGGGACCUAGUGGUGUGUCUACAGGGCAUGGUGCCUGCUGGGGACAGCCGCAUCGGAGAGCUGGUGGGCACCCUUCUCAGCCACUUCAAAAGUGAGAAGAGGAAGCUGCAGGUGAAUAUCGCCAGUCCCAUCCAGUGCAGUAUGAAUGGCAGGAAAUGUACUGUCAUUGUGGAGCCCAAGAUCAACCAAUCGCAGCCAGACUUCACCAAGAGCCGCUCCGGUUAUAUCCUGGCAGUGCCUGGAAACUAAAAGGGCCACUCGGGGGCCACUCGGUCUGUGACAAGGACAAGUGACGAUGAGGUGUCAAAUGAGGAAUAUGUGAAUCAUAACUCUGUUUGUAUAGAACUCAUUUGUGAACUAGAUGGCAUGAUAUGAUACAUGGGAGAGUAUGAAUGAAAGCCAUGCCAAAUUUGUAACUCUGAUUAGAUAUUUAUUUGACGUAACUCAAUGUUUUUCAGUAGGACAUGUAAGAUGUUUAAUACAUACACAUGUGUUUAGUUAAUUAGACAGACUCACACACAUGCACAACAUUAAUUCACCAAAGAGUAGAUUUUUUUCCCCUCAGUUUUCGAUAUCAAGUUGAGUUGACAUGUACAACCGAGCUGUUUUGUCGGGGCAUCGAUCAUUAUAUGUUACGCUAGCUUUGGUUAAUCAUGAUUAGUGUCACAUUAUCCGGCAUUUCAUUUGAGUAGAAUAUCUUGUUCAGAAAUGUAUAUUCUCACAGCUACAGUGCCUUCAGAAAGUAUUCAUACCCCUUGACUUAAUUCCACAUUAUGUUGUGUUACAGCCUGAAUUCAAAAAGUGAUUAAAUAGAUUUGUUUUCUGACCCAUCUACACAAAAUACCCCCAUAAUGGAAACAUUUGAAAUGUUAGCAAAUGUAUUGGAAAUGAAAUACAGAAAUAAAAUUUUACAUAGGUAUUCACACCCCUGAAUCAAGGCAUGUUAGAAUCACCUUUGGCAGUGAUUUACAGCUGUGAGUUCUUCUGGGUACGUCUUUAAGAGCUUUGCACACCUAGAUUGUACAAUAUUUGCAAAUGAUUCUUUCAAAAAUUCUUCAAGCUCUGUCAAGUUGGUUGUUUAUCAUUGCUAGAAAGCCAUUUUCAAGUCUUGCCAUCGAUUGUAAAGCUGAUUUAAGUCAAAACUGUAACUUGGCUCCAGUGAACAGUGAAUAUUUGGCCUUGUAUUUUAGGUUAUUGUCCUCCUGAAAGGUGACUUUGUCUCCAAGUGUCUGUUGAAAAGCAGACUGAACCAGGUUUUCCUCUAGGAUUUUGCCUGUGCUUAGCUCUAUUCUGUUUAUUUUUAUCCAAAAUAAAUGUCAUAUUCCUUGCCAACGACAAGCAUACCCAUAACAUGAUGCAGCCACCACCAAGCUUGAAAAAAAAUGGUACUGAGUUGUGUUGUAUUUGCCCUAAUAAUAAUGCUUUGUAUUCAGGACAUAAAGUUUUUCUUUGCCACAUUG